GUAAAACACAUAAUGCUCAAAAAAUACAAAGGGGGCAAAACAGUGAGAAGAUUGAAGAAUUGGGGGUUGCUUAUGUGUUUUAACACAAAUUUCGACCAAAAAUUGAGACUCUCUAAGUUAUUUUGGUGCUCGAUUUUUGUUUAAAGAGUGUGCUUUUUGCAAUUGCAAGGGUUUUGAUGGGUUCGAAUCUCGGUUGAUCGGCUUUGUUAUUUGCAAUGUCAAGUGUUUCGGUUGGUUUGAAUCUGGUUUUCCUGUUCGAUUUCAAUUGCUGCGAGUCUAAGGUUUGAUUUUUUGUUAAAAUCUGGUUUUAGAGUGGCUGCUUCGUUUUGGUUAUAGUGUUAAUUGUACUCAGAGUCUGGUUCGAUUGCGGUUUCCGCCGUUUGAUGAUGAAGAGCCGGUGUUGGAUUAUGCGGGUAAUUUGAUGGAUGUUGAUCCUUUGGAGCCUAUUUAGUUGGAGCUUGAUUUGGAGGAUGAUUCUUGUGUGUAUAAUUGGUUUUAUGAUCAUAAGCCACUUUUGAAGACGAAUAUGAUCAAUGGUCCGAGUGACAAGAGGUGGAAUCUUUCACUUCCGAUUAUGGCAACGCUUCAUAGGCUUGCGGGUCAGUUGCUUUCUGAUUUGGUUGAUAGAAACUAUUUCUACUUGUUUGAUAUGCCAUCGUUCUUCACAGCAAAGGCAUUGAAUAUGUGUAUACCUGGUGGUCCUAAGUUUGAACCUUUGUAUCGUGAUAUGGAGAAAUAUGACGAGGAAUGGAACGAGUUUAAUGAUAUCAACAAGGUUAUCACUCGAUCACGGCUGCGUACUGAAGGCAGAAUUGCUUUCCCUUACUUGUACAAUAACAGGCCAAGGAAAGUCAAACUAUGUAUGUGAUGAUGAUGAGGAUGACUUUGUAUUACCUAACGGAGUGGAGCCUCUGCUACAAGAGACUCAGCUUUACACUGACACUACAACUGAUGGGAUUUCGUUGUUGUUUGCCCCAAGACCUUUCAAUAUGAGGUCUGGGAAGACGCGACGGGCAGAAGAUAUACCGUUGGUGUCAGAGUGGUUCAAGGAGCACUGUCCAACAUCACAUCCAGUCAAAGUUCGGGUUAGUUACCAGAAGCUUUUGAAAUGUUAUGUGCUGAAUGAUUUGCACUGUAGACCACCUAAACCUCAGAAGAAAAAGCACUUGUUCCGGUCUCUUGCAGGUACAAAAUUUUUCCAAAGCACUGAACUUGAUUGGGUUGAAGCUGGUCUGCAAGUUUGUCGGCAGGGGUAUAAUAUGUUGAAUCUGUUGAUUCAUAGGAAGGGUUUGAAUUACCUGCAUCUUGAUUACAACUUCAACCUCAAGCCUGUUAAGACUUUGACGACUAAAGAGCGUAAGAAGUCACGUUUUGGGAAUGCUUUUCAUCUCUGUCGCGAGAUUCUCCGCCUGACCGUGGUUGACGCAAAUGUCCAAUUCCGUCUUGGGAAUGUUGAUGCCUUCCAAUUGGCUGAUGGCCUGCAAUAUAUUUUCUCCCAUGUUGGCCAGUUGACAGGUAUGUAUCGUUAUAAGUACAGACUGAUGAGACAAAUUAGGAUGUGUAAGGAUUUAAAACACUUGAUCUAUUACCGUUUCAAUACUGGUCCUGUGGGUAAAGGACCAGGGUGUGGAUUUUGGGCUCCAAUGUGGAGAGUGUGGUUGUUUUUCCUCCGUGGAAUAGUUCCUUUACUUGAACGAUGGUUAGGGAAUCUUCUUGGACGUCAAUUUGAGGGGCGUCACUCAAAAGGAAUGGCAAAGACCGUCACAAAACAAAGAGUCGAAAGCCAUUUUGAUUUGGAGCUUCGAUCUGCUAUCAUGCAUGAUAUCGUUGAUGCCAUGCCAGAGGGAACCAAGCAGAAUAAAGUGAGGACAAUAGAACAGCACCUUAGCGAGGCAUGGCGGUGUUGGAAAGCUAAUAUCCCGUGGAAGGUCCCUGGACUGCCUCUGCCAGUUGAGAAUUUGAUCCUCCGAUAUGUGAAGCAUAAGGCUGAUUGGUGGACAAAUAUUACUCACUUCAAUCGUGAGCGUAUCAGAAGAGGGGCUACUGUUGAUAAGACAGUUUGUAGAAAGAAUCUUGGAAGGUUGACUCGUCUUUGGUUAAAGGCAGAACAGGAAAGACAAUACAAUUACCUGAAAGACGGUUCACCUGUCACUCCGGACGAAGCUGUGGCAACUUAUAGAACGACCCAAGAGUGGCUGGAAGCUAGGAGAUUUUCACCAAUUCCAUUCCCUCCUCUGUCGUACAAACACGAGACAAAGUUGCUCAUCCUCGCCCUUGAGAGACUGAAAGAAUCAUGUGGAGGUGAAAGGUUGAACCAGCAGCAGCGAGAAGAGCUUGGUCUAAUUGAACAAGCUUAUGACAACCCGCAUGAAACUCUAGCGCGAAUUAAACGUCAUCUUUUCACGCAGCGUCAGUUCAAAGAAGUGGGCAUUGAGUUUAUGGAUCUCUACAGCUAUGUGAUUCCGGUCUAUGAAAUUGAUCCUUUAGAGAAAAUUACGGAUGCCUAUCUUGAUCAAUACUUGUGGUACGAGGCUGACAAGCGCCACUUGUUUCCCAACUGGAUUAAGCCUGCAGACUCAGAGCCGCCACCUCUUCUGGUUUACAAGUGGUGUCAGGGUAUCAACAAUUUGCAAGGCAUAUGGGACACAUCUGAUGGACAGUGUGUGGUGAUGCUCCAGACAAAGUUGGAAAAGUUGUUUGAGAAGGUUGAUUUCACAUUAUUAAACAAGCUUCUUCGUUUGAUUGUUGACCCCAGUAUUGCAGACUACGUGACUGCCAAGAAUAAUGUGGAUCUGUCUUAUAAAGAUAUGAGACAUACUAACUCGUAUGGUCUCAUUAGAGGACUUCAAUUCUCAUCCUUUGUUACUCAGUUUUAUGGACUAGUGCUUGAUCUUUUGCUUCUUGGUUUGACUCGAGCGAACGAGAUUGCUGGGCCACCGCAGAAGCCUAACGAGUUUAUGACCUAUUGGGAUACAAAAGUUGAAACACGCCAUCCCAUAAGACUAUAUUCUCGGUAUGUAGACAAAGUGCACAUAAUGUUAAAAUUUACCCAUGAAGAGGUUCGAGAUCUUAUUCAACGGUAUCUUAGGGAGCAUCCUGAUCCCAAUAAUGAGAACAUGGUGGGAUAUAACAACAAGAAGUGCUGGCCGAGAGAUGCAAGGAUGAGGUUGAUGAAACAUGAUGUCAAUCUUGGUAGAAGUAUCUUCUGGGAAAUGAAGAACCGUCUUCCUCGGAGCCUUACAACUUUUGAGUGGGAGAAUAGCUUUGUCUCUGUGUACAGCAAGGACAAUCCUAAUCUGCUGUUCAGCAUGUGUGGAUUUGAAAUCCGCAUACUUCCAAAAGCCAGGAUGAGCCAAGAAGCUUUCAGCAACAUAGGGGAUGGUGUGUGGAAUCUACAGAAUGAACAGACAAAAGAGAAGACUGCAGUUGCUUUUCUGCGAGUUGAUGAAGAACAAAUUAAGGUGUUUGAGAAUCGUGUGAGGCAAAUUUUAAUGUCGUCAGGGUCGGCCACAUUUACCAAAAUCACCAAUAAAUGGAACACAGCUUUGAUAGGUCUCAUGACUUACUUUCGUGAAGCCACUCUACAUACGCCAGAGCUCAUUGAUCUGUUGGUUAAAGGUGAAAGUAAAAUCCAAACAAGGAUUAAGAUUGGGCUGAAUUCAAAGAUGCCUAGUCGAUUUCCUCCUGUUGUUUUUUACACCCCGAAGGAACUCGGUGGGCUUGGAAUGUUGUCUAUGAGUCAUAUACUGAUCCCAGAAAGUGACCGUCGGUACAGCAGACAAACAGACGUUGGUGUUACCCACUUUAGGAGUGGAAUGAGUCAAGAAGAGGAUCUGAAGAUACCCAAUCUUUACCGUUACAUACAGCCAUGGGAAAGUGAGUUUAUUGAUUCACAGCGUGUGUGGGCAGAGUAUGCUUUAAAGAGGCAGGAAUCACAAGCCCAAAAUAGACGUCUUACACUUGAGGAUCUGGAAGACUCCUGGGAUAGGGGAAUUCCGCGUAUAAACACGCUUUUUCAGAAGGAUAGGCACACAUUAGCAUAUGAUAAAGGUUGGAGAGUCCGGACUGACUUCAAGCAGUACCAAGUCCUGAGACAAAAUUCUUUCUGGUGGACUCAUCAGAGGCAUGAUGGGAAGUUGUGGAACCUGAACAAUUAUCGAACUGAUGUAAUCCAAGCUCUUGGAGGUGUUGAGAGUAUUCUUGAGCACACCUUAUUUAAGGGAACAUACUUCCCAACAUGGGAGGGUCUUUUCUGGGAGAAGGCAUCUGGGUUCGAGGAGUCAAUGAAAUAUAAGAAGCUGACGAAUGCACAGAGGUCUGGUCUGAACCAGAUUCCUAAUAGAAGAUUCACGCUCUGGUGGUCGCCAACAAUCAAUCGAGCAAAUGUUUAUGUCGGUUUCCAAGUGCAGUUGGAUCUAACUGGAAUAUUCAUGCAUGGAAAGAUUCCUACCCUUAAGAUAUCUUUGAUUCAGAUUUUUCGUGCCCAUAUGUGGCAAAUGAUCCACGAGAGCGUUGUUAUGGAUCUUUGCCAAGUAUUGGACCAACAUAUGGAUGAGAUGGGGAUAGAUAUUGUGCAGAAGGAGACAAUUCAUCCAAGGAAGAGUUACAAAAUGAAUAGCUCUUGUGCUGAUAUUCUUAUGUUUGGUGCCUCUAAAUGGCCAAUGUCGAAGCCAAGUCUGGUGACCGACUCGAAUGAUAUGUUUGAUCAGAAAGCUAGUAAGAAAUAUUGGAUAGAUGUACAGCUUCGAUGGGGAGAUUAUGACUCUCAUGACAUUGAACGUUACACUAGGGCCAAGUUCAUGGAUUAUACAACGGAUAACAUGUCUAUCUAUCCAUCUCCGACAGGUGUGAUGAUUGGGAUUGAUUUGGCAUACAAUGUGUAUUCUGCUUUUGGUAAUUGGUUCCCUGAUUCAAAAUCUUUGAUUGCUAAAGCAAUGAACAAGAUUAUUAAGUCAAAUCCGACAUUAUAUGGGUUGAGAGAAAGGAUAAGGAAAGGUUUGCAGCUAUACUCAUCUGAGCCUACAGAGCCAAAUUUGUCAUCUCAAAACUAUGGCGAAAUAUUCAGCAACCAGAUAAUAUGGUUUAUUGAUGAUACCAACGUCUAUCGUGUGACAAUGCAUAAGACAUUUGAAGGAAAUCUGACAACAAAGCCAAUCAAUGGUGCAGCUUUUAUUUUCAAUCCAAGAACUGGGCAGCUAUUCCUGAAGGUUAUGCAUACAAGCGUUUGGGCUGGUCAGAAGCGUCUUGGUCAGCUUGCAAAAUGGAAAACUGCUGAAGAGGUUGCUGCACUUGUGCGGUCUUUCCCCGUUGAAGAACAGCCAAAACAAGUUAUUGUGACUCGUAAGGGAAUGUUGGACCCCAUUCAGACUACCAUGAAGGAUUUUCCCAACAUUGUUAUCAAGGGAAGCGAACUGCAGCUUCCAUUCCAGGCUUGCCUGAAGAUUGAGAAAUUUUGUGAUCUGAUUUUGAAAGCUACUGAGCCGCAGAUGAACCUCUUCAAUAUCUAUGAUGAUUGGUUGACGAGCAUAUCUUCUUACACUGCCUUCUCAAGACUCAUUCUCAUCCUCCGUGCUCUUCAUGUCAACAAUGAGAAGGCUAAGAUGUUACUGAAGCCCGACAAGUCUGUUGUCACUGAGACACAUCACAUCUGGCCUUCUCUCACUGACGACCAAUGGAUGAAGGUGGAGGUUGCUCUUAAAGAUCUCAUCCUUUUUGACUACGCCAAGAAGAAUAACCUGAAUAUAUCAGCUUUGACACAGUCAGAGAUAAGGGAUAUUAUUCUUGGAGCUGAGAUUACUCCACCGUCUCAACAAAGGCAACAAAUAGCUGAGAUUAAUAAACAGGCCAAAGAAGUGAGACAGCUUAGUGCAGUCACAACAAGGACCACUAAUGUUCAUGGUGAUGAACUCAUUGUCACCACUAUUAGUCCCUAUGAACAGUCUGCAUUUGGUUCCAAAACAGAUUGGCGAGUGCGGGCAAUCUCAGCUACUAACCUCCACCUUAGGGUCAACCACAUUUAUGUGAACUCAUAUGAUGUAAAUGAAACAGGAUACACCUACAUAAUGCCAAAGAACAUCUUGAAGAGAUUCAUACGCAUAGCAGAUCUUCGUACUCAGAUUGCUGGGUAUAUGUAUGGUAUAAGUCCCCUUGAUAAUCCUCAGGUCAAGGAAAUACGAUGCGUUGUGAUGGUGCCACAGCGGGGAUCACACCAGCAAGUUCACUUGCCUUCAUCUCUUCCUGAGCAUGAUUUCUUAAAGGAUUUUGAGCCCCUAGGAUGGAUGCACACACAGCCUAAUGAGCUUCCUCAGUUGUCGCCACAAGAUGUUACAUCACAUGCACGUUUUCUGGAGAAUAACAAGCAAUGGGACAGAGAAAAAUGUAUCAUCUUGACUUGCAGUUUCACUCCAGGCUCAUGUUCUUUGACCUCAUAUAAGCUGACGGAAACUGGAUAUGAAUGGGGACGUCUCAACAAGGACAGUGGCAGCAAUCCCCAAGGCUAUCUUCCGACACACUAUGACAAGGUUCAAAUGCUAUUGAGUGACCGGUUCCUUGGGUUUUACAUGGUUCCUGAUAACGGACCAUGGAACUAUAACUUUAUGGGGGUGAAGCAUACAGAGAGCAUGAAAUAUAGUGUGAAACUCGGAAACCCCAAGGAGUACUAUGACAAUGAGCAUCGACCCACUCAUUAUCUGGAGUUCAGCAAUAUGGAAGAGGAUAGAAACUUCAGCGAGAGAGAUCGUGAGGACUGUUAUGCUUGACAUUAACUCUUUCACUGCCUUUUUGUUUUGCUUUUUUUAUCUUCGUACCUGUAUCUUAUAAGAAUCUUGUAUACUAUGUAUGAGCCUUUAGAAAUUGGAAACUGAAAACCGGAUUUACUUUCUUGUUCAUUACUGGGAUUUAUUGGUCUGCAAAGCUAACCAGCCCUUUGGUUACAAGUAAUAUUCUUUUGAUGUAGUGUAAAGUAUUCUCUUUAUUUUCUUCAUCGUAAUGUCCUUGAUUAUUAGACGGCAUCUUACUUGGAGUCUGUGCUAUGCACCGAUAAUUGGCCAUUGAUGCGGCGCUUUACUGAGGUUUGAUGUAAUCUAUUUGUAUGACUGAAGUUGGUUGGUAUUCCUGAAGUCUUUUUCUCCUUUUCUGUUCCCUUGUGGUUUCGUCAUCUCUCAUAGUGGAGUAUUUAGAUCUUUCUAUAUUUGUUUAAUGUUUAGUUUCUAUUGUUAUUUCUUAGACUAAAGUGGCUUAUGAUUUACGAUCAUAAAUACUUGCAGGUGUCAUUGCCUAAAAACUUGGCUAUAAUAUGCUCUACUUAGCUCUAGGAUUUCGGUUUAGAGCAGCUUUAUUUGAUAUUUACUCCUUUACUAUCUUUUGUUGUGCUUUCUUCACUCUUGUGUUUUAUUGCGCUGUAGAGAUGUUCAAGAAUCAUAUGUACUAAGAGACCUUAGAAAUCUGAAACUAGGAAUUGGAUUUACUGUUUUAUAAAAGUUUCGGGGAUUUGUUGGUCUGAAGAGGUAACCAGUCCCUUUUGGCUCAAGCUUAGAUCUUUUAAAUGCUAUGUUGAGAGUAUUGUCCUUGAUUACUUCUUCUGAACCGUAUAACAUGUCGUGAAUAUAUCUGUUGUGUCUGAGUGAAUCUGACAGUCUUUUUGGCAGGCUAUGGAUCUCACUUGGGAGUGUGUGUGAUGCAUCAAUAUUAGGUCUGUUGUAUUCUAUUUGUAUGAUUGAAGUGGUUUGUUCAUUUGUUUCCUUAGUCUUUGUAUGUUUGCUUAGUUUCUAGUUUUGUUUUUCGAUUAUGGUUCGUUAUUUUGGUCAUGAAAGGUUGACUGUGAAGAAUUUUCUUUGACAUUUUGAAUGAUAAAUUCUCGUUUUUGCUUUGCUACC